CGAACCCACAAUCCCACAACGCCCGAGACCCUGCUUUGCCUUCACCUCCACCGCGAGUCCACCAGGGCCCAACCGGGCUGAGGAUAUCAGCGAUUGAGAGACAACGUGAAGCAACGGCGAGAGGAUCUGCGGCGGCCGCAAUCGACAGCAAUAGCGUUAUGGUGUACUAUGUACAUACAUACGCAGAAUGCACUCCGACCAUGCCGGGCCGUUCCAAGAGGCGUUCGGAAACGGAUCGCAACGGAAUCAGGAAAAGGGUGAAAGUGACAUGCAAAGGCCUGUCUGGCCUCGUGACGAUCCCCCCACCGCUUGCCUAGCGCAAUGCCACAAACAAGCCCGGGAUUUUUCCCUCCACAGAGACUGCCUACGGUCAGGUACAACCUACUUGCCGGAUUCCACACCCCAAGACAUUUCCCCAGAAAUCCGUCUCGCCUAUCAAUCCAUCUGUUCCACAUCUACGACUAUCAUCCCCUCAUUCUCCCGUUUCGCCAUCCCACCCUCCACCUCCUUAUGAGCUUGCUAGUGAGGGGGUCCGUAUAUUAUCUCACUGUGGCCGACGGCAUUGGUACCUGAAGUCUUUAUAAGAGCAGCCGAGCCCUCUACCUUCAUCCUCUAGCAUCAUUGCCACUACCCGAAUCAAUCAACCUCCUACAUCCGCUACAGUUUGAUACAACUAGUGGUACACGUCGAUACCCCCAACGACCACUACCGUCACCAAAAAGGGAUUGUUAUAACGGAGCAGCUACACAAUCUCAACAACCACCACGACGAUAACCAUUAUCGAGAGAGAACUCUAGUACCGAUCAGCUAUCCAUUACCAUCAUGAUCGAGGUUCUUUACAGCCCCCCACCCCUCUUGCCGGGCUCUGCGUUGCCGUUCACCAGAGAGGAUCACAUGAGGAAGGAAAUGAGCCUCAUGCGGUCAGGAAAGCGAGUACCACGCCGGUCUCAAACCUUCCAGGAAUAUCACAUCCCGCAGCCCCCUCUCUUCACCCUCCACACUAUUCAACAGCUUCCCGAAGAAGAUGUUGUCAAGCAGCCGGUCGUACCUGUGAAGGAGAGGAGCCAGCCCAAGCCGACUGAAGAAAAGGUGACGGUACGACGCAGGCCUGCGCUGGGCCCUCCUCGCCGGUCUUACUCUGUCACGGAUCGUUUGCCGUUGCCCGUGCCAUCGGCAGGCAAGGUGUUGCUCGAUCUGCCACCAGAGCUACACAUGGCCAUCUUCGACUUUCUUGACCCCAUCGAUAGCACCUGUCUCGGGUUGACCAACAAGCACUUCUACGCCAUUCACCGCCGAAUGCAUGGGACCGUUCCGCUCAGGACGCGGCGCGAGGGUCCAAACGAGCUGGAGUGGGCGUGGCAUCUUGCAGGCACUGUCAGGAGAUCGGCCCCAUCCUCUCCAGUGGAAGAGAAGAACGAGGAAGAGAGCAAGAAGUCUCUGUCACUGUCGCAGCUCCGGAUCCGUGGCCAAGCAUACUGCAGAAAAUGCGGCGUCACGCGAUGCCAGCUCCAUAAGCACAUCCAGGAAUGGAUGGGCGACAACAUGGAGUACUGCUCCAUUACGGAAAAGUUUGGGCCGAUUGCACCCGAGGGUGCCAAGUCAUAUUGCUACAUGAGCAAGCCUGGCGACAAGACACGGUGUGGUCGACAUUUUGUGCGGAGGUCGAAGGUGGUUUUGCAAUAAACAUGGGUCUGGAUUUUUGUGCGGUUUUCUCGUUUGGAUACACAUAUCAAGAGGUCAUGAUAACCUGUUGAGUUUAGGAUUUUGGAAGCGGCAUCAAACUCGACUUGUUACGAAAGGAUUCUCGUCGCGAAGGAAUGGGAUUCUUACAGAUACAUAACUACCUGUAGAGAGCGCGACAUUGGAGGACACAAAAACCUCGAAAUGUGAGGGAGAAUUACAAACUCCUAUGGCAAAUGCCUCGACAAAUGUCUUGGGAUACAUCAAUGAAGUAAACAGCAUCUGAACCUUUUCAACGCCGUGCCGAGUGGUCCGACUAUUGAAGCGUAACUGCCAGACCCUGCAGAUUAAUGGAGCACUUCCCCAAACCGAUUUUGGAUGCUGCCGACAGCCUCGCCAUCGCCAAUGAAUCGUCGACUGAAGCGAACGAGCGACAACAUGUUUGGCAUGCCAUGUG